UAAUACUGCCGCACGGUCUGCAGAGCGGCAUCAAACGGUGUCUGGUACCUACUUGAGAUUUUGACCAGCUCAGGGAAUACCUGAGAACGCACAAUUUUUUUGCAACGCGGAUCGACUUCGUAAGAAAAUGCUUGGCACGGAGAGGUCGCAAAACGCCGGUUUCACGUAUCAUCCUAAUCGAGUGUACAUCAAGGAGCUCCCACCCAACCUAGAUAGCGAUGAGCUGAUUCGAAGUUUCUCAAGCUUCGGUUUUCGGAUACGGACCGCGAGGGUUGUUGAAACCCAGGGAAGCACGAACUACGGUUUCCUCACUUUCGAAAGCAGGGAGGAAGCCGACCAGAUCCUCCAGGCGGCAAGAUCCGAGCAGGGUAUCCUUAUCCGCGGGAAAAAAGCAACCGUGGAUCGGGCUUAUAGCCGGAAGUAUACUCAACGGAGGGAUUCGCGCCAGUUAUCUCUAGGUCUCCAACGAUUAGUCAAUUCCACGGCGUCCAGUAAUGAUAGCCACGUGAAUCCGCAAUCAAAUUUCAUGCAACAGAACUACAAUAACCCUCAUGAGUUGGGCGGGCCGUCCGAGCAACACAGCGACAGCUUCACGGCCCAAGUAUCUUACCAUAUGCAGGCAGCGCAGCCAUAUAGCGAUUUAUACUUCGAUGGACAGCCCGUUUAUCUGCAACAAGAAGCGCCAGGUUUUGCUCAGAACAUUUCGGGGCGUCCCCCCUCGGCCCACGAUGAGUUUCGCGGGCCCCAUCAGUGGUCAGUGCACGGUGCACAGAAUCAUGCCUAUGAGAGCGUCGAAAACACCUAUCCCCGUCAUGCUCAGAUGCAUGCACCCUACUUCACGAUGGCACACCGAGAAGGAUCGAGCUCUCCAUCCUACGCUGAAGAUCCGGCCGAAGGAGCAGAAGCGCCUCUUAUGCCCGAAAGGUCUUCGUUCGCCGAGCCUGCCUCCGUACAUCGGAUAGAAUCGGAAACACCCACCGCAACUCACGUGAUCAUCAGUCAAGGCUACGCACAUCCGGAUUACUCUCAGCUUCACAAUCAGGCACUCCACCAGUUGCAGUCUUUCCACCAGGAUUUCGCUCAACAACAAAGCCCCAUUAAUGGUCAUUGGGUCCACCAUCCGUACGCGCACUAUCAUCAACCCCCUCAGGAGAUAUACCAGCAAGCUCGGGAUCCACGGGGUGAAUCGAACGAGUCGGAUGGUCAAAGCCCCGGAAGCCGAGCUCAAUGAAUGCUCGGGGAAAAUGUGGAGGUUCUCUGUCUCUCCGGCAGAUCAUUCCACUCAACAACAGUUUUAUCCGAAAGUGCUCCGAUGCCUUCGGAUGUGAGAAACGCUCCCUGUGUUCCCAUCCCGUUUCCAAUCGAAGAUAGACAUUGUGACUUUGUGGAAGGUUUUUUCUAGAGUUCAAGACUGUCUGUCCGCUUGAAGGCUGUCGAUUGGGACCAUGCAUCUCGAUUAUUCGCUGGUCAAUAUAGCAUAGCGAAAUCUCAAUUCGAGUUUGUAUGCCAUGGCGAUUUCGAGGUAGAGCUCGCUUGCUUGUGUUGAGUAGCCAGAGCGGGCUCGAGGGACCACUGACGAUGAAUUCUCCAUCGAUCGUGGGAAUAUGUCACAGGAGAGGCUGUGUAUUUUAGGUCUUUACGAUUACGAAAUCCGUGGUGAUAGUUCCUCCGGUGGGAGCCACCACAAAGUGUACGAAUGCAAAACUUUUAAAUUACUGCUUAAUAAAUUAUAAAUUGCUUAGAUCGAAUCGACGGA